AUGGCGACCAAUACGAUCCCACCAGUGCGAGGCUUAGAGGUGUAUGGUGGCUACACUGGUUACAAGCAGAAGUCCGAUGCUGCAUCAGUCGCCGAACCGACCUUCUCCAAUCUCUCGGCAGAAGACACUGGCCGAAAGGUGUGGUGUGAGACAAUCUGGGCAAAUCUAUCGAAACAAGCCAUAGACCAUGACUUGCCUCGAAUUCAAUACUUUGACACGAAGACGAUGCUGCUGUCGAAGGAAGUGAACAAGAAGCUAUGGUCACAAGUUAACCGCCUCUACAAAAGCCUUGGCCCAGAUAGGGCUGUCUACGCAACACCAAAGAUGCUCGAUGGCGGCGAGGUGAAAUGGUACUCGUUCGAGGGCAUGAGUCGUGGCGAGGAAGGUACGUCUGAUAAUCGUCGCUAA